AUUUUGCUCUUCACCCGAAAGGCUCCAGAGCGGCUCACAGCCCCAGAGAUACACGCAGCCCUCAGCCUAGACACUUCUGGGGCGGGGGUCCCAGUGCCCCUCCUUCCCUUGCCCCUCAUUAACUCACCUUCUCUCUCUCUCUCUCACCAACCGGCUCCCUCUGGGUUGCAUCAGCUUCCUCGCUCUCGGCGCUCUGCUUGCCACCCUGGCGGCCUCUGGUCCACCCCUCCCCGCGGAAGGGGCGGGGCUUCCACUGCGGCUCUUUCUCGCUCUCGAGCCUCCCCCUUCUCCGCCUGCAGUCUUCCUCCGAGCGGCUCGAUCGGUGGAUCGGCUGUCUGCCAGGCAGGCUUGCGUAGAGCGCACAGGAAGCGUGGCGGGGUGACGCGACGCGCCUUGUCCAGCCUCAUCUCGGCGCCGCUCCGGCCCUUUAGGGGAGCCAAGAUGGCGGCGGUUUCCAGGAGCAAGCGGCCCUUUGAAGAAUGUCAAGAGGGGAACCAACCAGACACAAAGAGACAGUGCUGUGCAAAACACUGCUACUCGCCUUUUGUGGCACUUUCUGUUCCUUCCUUUUCAAGCACGGAGCACUUUGACAACAGCGACACAGAUGACAGCAUAAUGGAUGACACCUUACUGGAUCCCUCAGACGCGGAUUUCUCAGACUCUUCCACAGAACUCACCCGUGAAGCUGAGGAUAAACUCUUGUCAGAUAGUCCAUCAUGCUGCUAUCUGGAGACCUCCUCAGAUUCUGUAGCGUUAAAACCAAACGCUGAGCAUGUGGGAAGUGGUUCUGGGCUGGCAUCCUUGAAGCUUUCUGGGGCUCUAAAUGAGACCAUAAAAACAGAGCCUCUCUCUCCCACUGGCCCUUUAGACUACUCAAAGGAUGGUAUUGUUUGUAGAAAUGACUCUGUGAAUCCAGAGAGUGGAAGUGACAUGAAGAUGGGCUCUCAGAAUCAAGCUGGACUUGGUUUGGGGUCAAGCAGUUCUCUGCCUUCAGAAGCCAUACCAGUUGCAGCAGCUUCUUUGGGUCUGGAGAAAGGGAGUGAUGUGUCUAGGGUUGCAAAUAAGGAAGCUGUUCGAGCAGCGAUAGGUGACAGUUCUCAAACAGUGAGCCAGCUAAUGGUUAAGUCUGAACCAACUAGUGUAGUGGCUGAAGGGCCCUCUGAGGAACAGUCUUCCAUAAAUCAAAAUGUGCUAGGAGGGGAGAGUUCAAGCAGCCCACCUCAGGAGGAUAAAAUAGGAUUGGGUUCUUCUGGCUCACGUGGAGAGGCUGUACCAUCUAAUUCCAACUCUGUCAAUGACCAAAGAGAGGAUCAUGUGGGAAGUCCCAGCUUCAUAGAGCUGAACAGCUUUGUAAGGCCCAGGAAUCGGAUAUACAUCCAAGAGACAGACCUAGAGUCAAGCAAGGAAAAAUACAUCAAUGAUGUCCUUGCCCAUGCUCGUCGUGAUGAACAUCUCAUAGGUGAAGUCAGUGAGUUGCAGAAGCUUAUAUCGAGUGUCACUGCUGAAAACUAUUCCCAGGAACCCAGAUACAAGCACCCAACAAACCUGACUGUAAGGAACUAUGCACGACGAGCCAACAGGACAAUCCAAAGAUGUUCUCUUGAUCAGUGGGUCGACAGAAGCCAGCGCAACCUCCGUCGGUUUGAGGGUGUCCCUGAUCGCUUUAAGCGCAGCCCGAUCCCAAGCUAGAAGUCACCGAAAUUAAACUGUCUUUUAUCUGCACUUUGAAGUUGUUUAGCUGCUGAUGGUUCAGACUCCUGAUUAUUAUUUUUAAAUUUUUUAAGUUAAGGCCAGUUUAAAGUUUAUGUUAGAAAUAUUUGUUCACCUUGUCCUUGAACUUCUCUGCUGCCAAAUAUUUGCUUUUGUA